AUGUCGUUGGACAGUAGCUCAGCUGCCGCCACCCCCCCCUGGAGGAACCACAGCUUCAUCUUGAGGGAGGGCAGAGACCCUCCUCUGUCAGACCAGGGAGAGACCAUCAUUGGAGUCUACCUUCUGCUCUUGGAUGUACCUGAGUGUGCCUCCUCUGUUCUGGUUUCAGGUUGGUUGUCCUGGUUUGGAAACAGCAUUGUCCUCUUUGUCCUGUACAGACAGCGAGCCACGCUGCAGCCCACUGACUACCUGACCUUUAACUUGGCCAUCUCUGACGCCAGCAUUUCAGUGUUUGGAUACUCCAGAGGCAUCGUUGAGAUCUUCAACAUCUUCCAGGACAGAGACUACCUCUUCUACUCCACGUGGACCUGCCAGGUGGACGGUUUCUUCACGCUGGUGUUUGGCCUGAGCAGCAUCAACACGCUGACAGUGAUCAGCAUCACCCGCUACAUCAAAGGCUGUCACCCCAGCAGAGCCUGUCACAUCAGCAGGACCAGUGUGUCUGUGUGUCUGCUGCUGAUCUGGGCCAUAGCUGGAUUGUGGUCUGGAGCCCCGCUGCUCGGCUGGGGGAGCUACACAGAUCGCGGAUAUGGAACCUGUGAAAUCGACUGGGCCAAAGCGAACUACUCAAGCGUCUACAAGUCCUACAUCAUCUCUAUCUUAAUCUGCUGCUUCUUCCUCCCUGUGCUCACCAUGCUCUUCUGCUACGUGUCUAUCAUCAACACAGUGAAGAGAGGCAACACUCUGUCAGCAGAGGGAGACCCGACUGACCGCCAGAGGAAGCUCGAGAGAGACGUCACCAUUGUUUCCAUAGUGAUCUGCAUGGCCUUCAUCCUGGCCUGGUCUCCAUAUGCCGUCGUGUCCAUGUGGUCUGCCUGGGGCUUCCAUGUGCCUAACUUCACCAGCAUCUUCACCCGCCUCUUCGCCAAGUCUGCCAGUUUCUACAACCCCCUCAUCUACUUCGGACUCAGCUCCAAGUUCCGUAAAGACGUGGCCGUCUUGCUUCCCUGCUCCAGUAAUGUCAAAGACACUGUCAAGCUGAAGCACUUUAAGCAGAAGGCCGACGCCCACGGCCGCCUUGGUAUAGGAGGUGGAACCAGACUUAAAGUCCCUCUAAAACAGGCUGAGAAGCCCAACCCGACCCCCAGCCUAGACCAUAGGAUGGGAAGCCCACCAUCUACGCCCCGGCCUGUCAACAAGGAGGUGUUCUACAUUGACACGUCCCGCCCCUCUGAGACUGGCCCUGAGUUUGAGUGUGAGAGACUCUAAUGGAUUCACCAGACCGGAAAGAAGACCAGCUGCUGGUCUCUGAUGGAGCAACAUGAACACAUGACUGAUGGACAGAGGGUGCUGGUGUCCAAAGUAGAGAAGGAGACAUCACCUAGUUCUUGUACAUGUAGAAUAAGUUUCUGUCAGGGUCUCUGCACGUUCACCAGGUUAAGUUUAAAACUGUUCAAAACCACAUAGAACAUAAUUUAAUACUGUUUCACAGUUGUAUUGUGCACAGUGUAAAAGUAUGACUGAGACCCUGUGGGGACGAUAAUAAGAGUUUAUUAUAUAAGACAUACAAGGGUGGAAAUUGUAAAAUAACAGAGC